CACCGCUACCAAUCCAUUCUCCAUAUACAUGUACAUUUUUAUCGCGAAUCUUCUAGUUUGAUCUCGAUCGCGUAUUCUGCGCAUAUCAAAUUGUGGUGCUCAUUCAGUAAAAGGAGAUCGAUUUGGAUUACAAAAAACAGAAAGAUCUUUCGGAAGGAUACCGGAUACAACUAUGAUCGAGACAAGUGGAGUUAUUGUUAAACUAUUUGCAGUUCUUGUUGCAAUGGUUAUGCCCGUUUUACUUUCGAUGGCGUUUACAGAGAAGAAGAAAGCGAGAAAGAGAGGAGUUCCUGUUGAAGUGGGUGGUGAGGAAGGGGUUGCGAUUCGUAAUGCUAAAUAUACCGGAUUGGUGGAUGUACCUUGGGAAAGGGCCACUACUGUGGCUGCUCUAUUCGAGCAGUCCUGUCUAAAGCAUUCCGGCGAACGUUUCCUUGGAACAAGGAAAGUAAUCGGUAGGGAAAUUGUAUCUGCGAGGGAUGGGAGGAAGUUUGAGAAGCUUCACUUGGGAGAGUACCAGUGGGAAAGUUAUAGUCAGAUAUUUGACCGUGUUUCCAACUUCGCAUCUGGUCUUGUUAGAUUGGGUCAUGAUGUAGGUAAACGCAUAGCUAUUUUCUCUGAAACUCGGGCUGAGUGGUUCAUUGCCUUUCAGGGAUGCUUCAGGCAAAGUAUCACAGUUGUUACGAUUUAUGCUUCUCUAGGAGAUGAUGCUCUUGUACAUUCUUUAAACGAGACUAAAGCUUCGACAUUGAUCUGUGAUCCCAAGCAACUGAAAAAGUUAGCUCCAAUUAGUUCUAGAUUAAAAACCAUCAGGAACGUAAUUUAUUUUGAAGGUGAUGAGACUGCAAGUGACUCUAAUGUUUCUAAGCCAACUGGUGAUUGGAAAGUGUCUUCUUUCUCUGAAGUUGAAAACUUGGGUAAAAAUGAUCCUGCUAGGCAUAUACUGCCUAUCAAGACCGAUAUUGCUGUCAUCAUGUAUACAAGUGGAAGUACUGGAUUGCCUAAGGGUGUUAUGAUUACUCACGGAAACAUUGUAGCUACAGCCGCUGCAGUUAUGACUGUGGUCCCAAACCUUGGAACCAAGGAUGUCUAUGUGGCAUACUUGCCGCUAGCUCACGUUUUUGAAUUGGCUGCUGAGACUGUUAUGAUGACUGCUGGUGCUUCGAUUGGUUAUGGUUCAGCAUUGACAUUAACAGACACAUCCAGUAAAAUCAAGAAAGGAACACAAGGAGAUGCUACUGUGUUAAAACCUACUCUAAUGGCAUCUGUUCCUGCCAUUCUGGAUCGUGUUAAAGAUGGAGUCGCAAAGAAGGUCGAGGAGAAGGGAGGUUAUGUUAAAUUCAUUUUCAACAUUGCCUUUAAACGCCGACUCAAAGCUAUAGAAGGAAGCUGGUUUGGUGCAUGGGGCCUAGAAGCUCUAUUGUGGGACGUUCUCAUUUUCAAAAAGAUUCGAUCAUUACUUGGGGGCAAAAUUCGUUUCAUGCUUUGUGGUGGAGCUCCUUUGUCAGAAGAUGCACAAAGAUUCAUUAACAUCUGCAUGGGAGCUCCAAUUGGCCAAGGUUAUGGCUUGACAGAAACCUUUGCUGGAGCUGCUUUCUCUGAGUGGGAUGAUGCUUCUGUUGGUCGUGUUGGCCCACCACUUCCGUGUGCCUAUAUCAAGCUUAUUUCUUGGGAAGAAGGUGGUUACAGAAUAACUGACAAGCCAAUGCCUCGAGGAGAAGUUGUUAUUGGUGGAUGCAGUGUUACUGCUGGUUACUUCAAUAAUGAUGUGAAAACCAAUGAGGUGUUCAAAGUUGAUGAGAGGGGCAUGCGGUGGUUUUACACUGGUGACAUUGGAAGGUUUCAUUCUGAUGGGUGCCUUGAAAUUAUUGAUAGAAAAAAGGACAUUGUGAAACUUCAACAUGGGGAGUACAUUUCCCUUGGAAAGGUAGAGGCAGCACUUGCAUCAAGCAAGUAUGUGGAUAACAUAAUGGUGUAUGCAGACCCCUUUCACAAUUAUUGUGUAGCUUUAGUUGUCCCUAAUCGUGACAUCCUUAAGAACUGGGCACAUGAAACCAGAAUAGAGUUCAAAGAGUUUCACGAGUUGUGUGACAAAAAGGAAGCCGUCACAGAGGUUCAGCGUUCACUAUCACAGGCAGCCAAAGAAGCAAGAUUGGACAAGUUUGAGGUUCCAGCGAAGAUAAAGCUAAUACAGGAGCCUUGGACUCCCGAAUCUGGUCUGGUCACAGCUGCCUUUAAACUAAAGAGGGAACCCAUCAAGGACCGCUUUAAAGAAGAGCUCAAUAAUUUGUACAAAUGAGGUAAUAUUUGUUGGGCUAGGUUCUCUUGACACCAUCACCACACCGGCCAUUUGAGAGCCCUAUGGUGCUCCGUUGGGCUCCAAAGUGGGGUAUUACCCCCAACCCCAUCUUGCCCCCAGAGUCAUAAUAUGACACCAAAAACCGGUGUCAAAAAGAACCGCAACGAUAUUUGUCAUCUUGUUCUUGCUAUAGUAGGCUCUAUAAAUUGUGCUGUGUGUGUUUUGAGGCAGCUUCUUUGUAUGUAUCUUACCCCCUGCCCAAAGGUAGAACUUGCAAAACGAUUUUAUUUUGCAAUGCAAUAAUAAUCUUGACUCAUAUGA